UACUUUAAUAAUGUACUUUAAUAUUUAACUAUUUUUGAGUUUCAUUCGCGUUUCGCGAUAAAAAAAUUAAAAAAGGAGAAAAAAGAAAAGAAAAAAGAAGAAAAAAAAAGGGAGAAAAAAGUCGUAGUUGAACUCAUUACGAUGAAUUGGGUAUAUCUCGAGGACGGCGUGAAUUCCCACACAUCAACAGGUCUCAGGAGGACCGAAAGUCUCCCCUCCCUGAGGGUACCUUCUCCCCACUCCAGGAAACAUUUCACCCCACUCCUUGAGUAUGCGAGUGCAUCGGCAUGCGGUCUUCGAAAUCGAAAACGUCAAACAGUUACCCUGAAAUACCCUAAGCGGGAUGGUGGUUCGCUUAGUUUAAAUAUAUUCUUCUAUUUGUAAGAAAAGCAUGGAAAGCUAGUUAACUAAAAUGUGAAAUAUAUUUCUCUUCUUCAAAAUGUUAAAGAAUAAUAUUUUGUGAUGUGUCAGUGCUCUCUGAAUUUUUUAUUAAAUUCGAGAAUUAGUGCAACGAUAUAUGCGUGUGUUGCACUCUACUCGAACACGCAUAUUAAAUGAUCAAUUGAAAUAAUGUUUGUUUGAAGUUACACAUUUUCAUUCUUAAAAUGGUGGAUUACAAUAGUUACAAAAUGUCAACGAGCGAGGAGGAUUUUGAGCAACAAGCUCAUCCAGGAAUGACCAAAGCCGAGCUCAGAAGGAAUAAUAAACCAAUUAUGGAAAAAAGGAGACGGGCACGUAUUAAUCAAUGUCUCGACGAAUUGAAGAAUCUUAUUCUCGAAGCAUUGAAGAAAGACCCGACAAGACACUCAAAGCUCGAGAAAGCCGAUAUUCUCGAAAUGACGGUGAAGCACUUACAGACAGUACAGCGUCAACAAUUGAGUACCGCAAUUGCAACAGACCCAGCGGUACUAACGAAAUUCCGUUCCGGAUUUUCCGAAUGUGCUACGGAAGUAUCGCGGUACGUCAGCAACCUAGAGAACGUCGAUCCUGCCGUGAAGCAGCGUCUACUCUCACACCUAAACAAUUACGUUAGUAAUCUCCAGCAAAUAGGACCGUUCUACGGCCACUACGUGCCCUACAUGCCGGAACGUCUCUAUCCGGAGGUAAAGGUCGGCUACCAUAGCGAAGUAGCCAAUGGGGAUGAGAAUAACAACUCUAGCACCAGGAUACAGAUACCAAACGGCGUUCAGCUGAUACCUAGCAGACUUCCGACAGGGGAGCUCGCUCUACUAGUCCCACAAUCAGCAGCGAUUUCUUCAAACUUCUCUUUUUUCCCACAUCCCUCAGAAUCAAUAUCCAGAACGAUAGCAUCAUCGGCUUUCUCAUCGGUACAUAGAAUACAUAGUCCACUUGACAGUCCAUCAACGUCCACCUCUAGCUACGGAGAAGAGAAUCAUCAUUUGGAAUGUUAUCCUCAAAUACAUCAACAGCCGAAGUUCAAGAUACCCGAACAAAGUUCUGGCAGUGGUAAAAGUUUUACCAGUUCGCCAGACACUCAAAAAGCUCAGAUUACUUCUAGCAGCGAUAGAAAAUCGCCUAUAUCAUCGACCUCGUUUGACUAUAAAUCCGAAGUAAAUGGUAAUCUUAAGAAAGAACCGAUUUAUAAUUUUUCUGAACAGAUAGAUUGCAUAGCUUCGACGAGUUUAAGGCAACCUCUUUCAGUUAUUACUGAUAAGACUUAUAAUCGUCCGUGCACAUCGUUAAGUAACAAGGAUAUCAAAAGACAUCCUUCGGAUAGAUUACUCGUAAUCCCUGAGAAAAAACAAAAGUUACAGGAUGAUACUCCGUCGUCAUCUGUAACGUUGGACGAUAAGAGAAAUGAAAAUUGUCAUGACGUUUCUGCUGAGGAUCGAACGACAAAUGCAUCUUCGACAAGUUCCAAUACAAGUCGUUCUAAUGCAAAUUCCUCACAAGGUUUUUCUAACACUGCUGGUCCAUCCUCGUCUAAUGGUGACAUGUGGAGACCAUGGUAAUCGAUCUCGUUAAUUUGAAGAAGAUUGAAGUGAAAUUUGGUUUCUUGUGAUCUAUUUUUAUAAUGUUCUUUUAGAAAAAGCAUCAUAAGAAUCUUACGAUAUUAAAAAAAUGCUUUGACGAAAAAUUAAUGUUUCUCAUUAAUCGAUAAUUACAUUUCCAUUAUAUAUUUCAUCUGUAUUUUCAUCUAUAUUAUGUAUUACGAUCGUAUUGAUUAAUUAAAAUUUAUGUUUUCUUUUCAUUAUUAUAAAAUUCUUUUGUUUAUGAAACAAAAAAACAAAAAAAAAAAAAAAACAAUUUUCAUGUAGAUUGUAAUGAUAAUUGUCUUUAAUUUCGUGCCAAAGGACAAGACAUUGUAGUUUUUAUUUUUUGUUUUUUUUUUUUUCUUUCUUUGUUUUGUUUCUAAGGGAAAGGACAAAGAAAAAAAAAAAAAGAUAUUUUCUAUCAAGAUUCCAAUACUACCAAUAAAUAGUUACCAUUAAUUUGGUAACUGGAGAAAAUACAUACUUCUAAUCUUUAAAAUAUCAAUUAAAUCUCAUAUUAAGCCUCGCUUGUGUAUAAUUCUGUAAAUAGUUGACAGUUUAAUUUAAUUAACUUUCUAAUUUAGGAUUAAAUAUUGUGAGAUUAGAAGAAGUCAUGGUGUUUAUCUUUAUAAGCACGAAUAGUAUUAAGAGUUUGUGAUAAAUAUUAUAAUAUUGAAAUAAACUAUUUGUCAAAAGUCAA